CCCCCCCCCACCUUUGGCCAAGAUGUCUUUGGGACUCUCUGCAGGGAGCACCCGCUCCGAGGAUGGAACCGAGGCCUUCCUGGAAGGAAUGGCGGAUUGGGAGCUGAGCCGACUGCGACGGCAGUGCAAAGUGAUGGAGGGAGAGAGGCGGGCUUACAGCAAGGAAGUCCACCAGCGCAUCAACAAGCAACUUGAGGAGAUCCAGCGCCUGGAGGGGGUGCGGGAUAAACUUCAGGUGCAGAUCCGCGUGGCCCAGAGCCAGGUCAAGCGGCUGCGGGACAGCGAGAGGCUGGAGAACACUGGUCAUCUGCUGAAGUGUCGGGUCCGGGUGCAGGCCGAGGUCAAGGAGCUACAGGAACAGACCAGAGCCCUGGACAAGCAGAUCCAGGAGUGGGAGACCCGGAUCUUUAACCACAGUAAGGAUAUCAAGGCCCCGGGACUCGUCCUGGAUCAGAAGGUCAAGAUCCGGCGAAGGAUCAAGAUCCUGGAAGACCAGUUGGACAGGGUCACCUGUCGCUUUGACAUCCAGCUGGUGCGGAAUGCGGCCCUGCGGGAAGAGCUGGAUCUCCUGCGCAUUGAGAGGAACCGCUAUCUGAACAUAGACCAUAAGCUGCAGAAGGAAAUCAGCGCCCUGCGACGCACGGUCAGCGCCCUAAUGGUCUCUUCUGCGGCCGCCUACACCGUCAGGGAGGAGGCAAAGACCAAGUUGGGCCUGCUGCGGGAGAGGGCGGAUAAGGAGGUGGCCCAGAACGACACGGAGCUGCAGACCCUGCAGCGGCACAUAGCGCACCUGGACCAGUUCCACCACUUCCUCAAGCUCAAGAACGACGAGCGGCAGCUGGACCCCGCCGUCGUGGAGAAGCGCGAGAAGCGGGCCCGGGAGGUGGCCGAAGGCCUCCGGAAGACGUCCCAGGAGAAGCUGGUGCUCCACUGCGAAGACGCCAUGAACAAACUGUCCCAGCUGACUGGGGAGAGCGACCCGGACGUGCUGGUGGAGAGGUACCUGGAGAGGGAGGGGCGCAACUUCGCGGAGUUCACCUUCAUCAACGAGCAGAACUCGGAACUGGAGCGCCUGCGGGAGGAGAUCAAGGAGUUGCAGGAGACCUUGGCGAGCACCCGCCAGAGCGAGGAUAAACUUCGCGAGCAACGAGACCAGCGGCGAAGGGCCCUGCAGCAGCGAACCGACGAGGUGCGCGCGGAGGCCGACCAGGUGGAGGCCCGCUUCCAGGACCUUCGGGGGCAGCUGGAGAAGCUCAAGGCCGGCAUCCAGCAGCUCUUCACCAGGGCCCAGUGUGACAACACCAUCAUCCAGGACCUCCUGGGGGUCAAGACCCACAUGAGAGACCGGGACAUCGGCCUUUUCCUGGGCCUCAUCGAGAAGCGGCUGGUUGAUCUCUUGACGGUGCAGGCCUUCGUAGAUGUCCGGGUGGAGACCCCCACCCCCUCCAGCUUGGCUAACGCUGCCCUCCUGGUUCUGGGCCAGAGCCCUGAGGAUCUUCCAAAGAAGCUGGCCCCGCCGCAGCUCCCUGACAAUCCGGAUGACCUCCCAGGCUUUGAGGCCAAAGACGACUAUCCGAUGAGCAAGGAAGAGCUGCGCAGCCAAGUGACGCAGAUGCUCGAGGCGCAGGAGCAGCAAGAGAAGGAAUUAGCCGAGGCCUUGAGGAAGGUCGACAGCAACCUGAGCGUCCCCAGCCUCCCCAGCAUCCAGAAGGUCAGCUCGGGCUCACCCCUGACGACCGCCAAGAGCCCCAGCGGGGUCCCCGGGUCCAUCCUGAGCCAGAGGACUAGUGGCGUCCUGGCAUCCAGUGGAGACCGCACCACGAGCACCAACGUCGGCCGCGUCGCCUUGGGAGACCCCGGCUCCAGCACGGGCCGCGUGACCUUCGGUUCCGCCAGCGCCGUGGGGGCGCCCGUGUCCAGCCGGGGCUCGACUGGGGGCCGCGUGACCUUCAGAACGCCCAGCUCAAGUAGCUACCUGGGCUCCACCGGAUACUUGAGGUCCAGCGGAGGCCAGGACAGCCCCGUGGGUGCGGAGAGCAGGGGCACCGAGUCAGAGUCAAGCGCAGGCCUCGGGACCAGCACCAGCAAAGACUAGCGGCCCGCCCCCCCUUGCCCUUGGCUCCCUGCAGGCCCUUCUCUGCCUUGAGAUUUCCCCGCGACCCUCCUGGUUCCAGGCCCUCUGUGAGUCUUUGCUCCGCAUCUGUCUGCCCCUGCCCUUCCCGUCGUCCCUGUGCCCAUCCCCUGGUUGUCGUCUCCUCAGCGAUGUCUCCUGGUCCCUUUCUCUCUUUCCAAACCCCGCACCCCCCCCAUUUCCCUUCCUGUCUCCCCAUUUCCUGUCGUCUUGGCUUCCCAUUCAGUGUGUGUUUCUGUCUCCUGUUCACAUCUCUGCCCCCAUCACUGCUGGUCCCCCCGCCUCCCCCGUCCUGUGUCUGCUUCCCCGCUUCUAAUUCCCUCUCCUGUCUCUACCUGCCGGGCUCUCCUUGUGCCUCAUGACCCCGUCUCUGCAGCUCCUCGUUCCUCGCCCUCCCCCCAGAGCCCCCAGGACUGCCCCGCCCCCCCCCCCCCCAGGACUGGGCAGCAGGGGAAGACUUGGAGGAAAGAUGUCAGCAUGAGCUGCGACCCUAGAAAAUAAAGGUCAGAGCCUGUUACCCCAGCCCAGUUACAGGUGUAUAUGUGGGCGACCAGGCUGGACACAUGGCAGUUCCCUUUACCUCUGGCCCAGGGGGAAAUGUAUGACCUUUGUCCCUACUCCCUGCAAUUCAUUCAUUCUUAUUUAUUUAUUUA